AUGUCCGAAUCCUUCACCCUCGCCGACGUCGCCUCCCACAACACCCCGGACAAGGGCCUCUACAUCAUCAUCGACAACAGCGUCUACGACGUCACCAAGUUCGUGGAUGAGCAUCCUGGCGGCGCAAAGAUCCUGAAACGAGUUGCGGGUAAGGAUGCCUCGAAGCAGUUUUGGAAGUAUCAUAAUGAAGGGGUGCUGAAAAAGUACACGCCCAAGUUGAAGAUUGGGGAGGUGAAAGAGGCCGCCAAAUUGUGA